UACAGAUCUCACAGUUCCAGUCAGUUUCCACUCACUGACAGUCAGUUGACUUAACAAGACAUCGCCCUUCACUGUCCUCUACAACUGGGACGGAGAUACAACAAUGUCCUCGAGAUCAACAGGAAGUGUGUUGUUGGUUUUCCUCUGGUCUUUGACAGUGGUACUGGUUCAGGGUAACUGGGAUGUGACCUACUCCACUCAGAGUAUCUGUGUCUUGAAGGGGUCAACAGUGGAGCUGAGCUGCACCUACAAGUAUCCAAGUGGUCAUAAAGUCACAUCAACCUUCUGGUUCACUACAAAAUAUACUGAUGGGAAUCCUGUGAACCUGAGUGAUGACCCAGACUACAGAGGUCGUGUGACGUACCGUAGUGAUGAGAAGAACAGACACACCCUGAUAAUCACAGACCUGAGAGAGAGUGACUCAGCUGAGUACAAGUUCAGUUUUAUUACAGAUCAGACUGGAGGGCAAUGGAUUGGCCAACCUGGAGUCACUCUGUCUGUCACAGGUCUUCAGGUAGAGGUGAUUGGUGGACAAAAGAGGACACUGACCUGUAGAACCACCUGUCCUCUGACUGGUAACCCCACCUACAUCUGGUACAAGAAUGGAGAGAGUGGAGAGGAGAAUUCCACCCCUCAGUACUACAACCAAAUCUUCAGAGAAUAUGAAGUGUCCUGGGGCUAUCAAGACAGUUACACCUGUUCUGUUAAAGGUCAUGAGGAUCUCCACUCUCCUACAGUGUGUGUUGAGGGUCAGUACUGCAGCAGAGUGACUUACACCCAGAGGAGAAUCUGUGUCUUGAAGGGGUCAUCAGUGGACAUUACCUGUACUUAUGUUGGUGGUAGUAAUGUCACAUCACCACUGUGGUUUAGUACAAAACAGAGUGGUUGGUGGAGGGAUAAGUUAUUCCCUGAAGACCUAACCACAGACCCAGGGUAUGCAGGUCGGGUGGAGUUUCCUGACCAAGAGAGUACAAGAUACAGAGGUCCCUUCACCCUGAGAAUCACAGAUCUGAGAGAGGAAGACUCAGAUGAAUAUCGCUUCACUUAUGCAACAAAUUUGUUUUUAAGGGGUUAUGGUCUCCCUGGAACAACUCUGACUGUCACAGGUGAAGAUGAGUCCUGAUACAGUGACUGAGGGACAGAAUGUAACACUGACCUGUAUCACAUCCUGUCCUCUGACUGAAAACCCAACCUACAUCUGGUACAAGAAGAAUGUAACC